UCCUGUCUUGCGCACAAGCGACGUGAGCCAAACAUGGCAACGGUGGUAGAGAAGUCAACCAAAGAACGGCUGUUGUCUGUUUUGGAUGAUUUGGAGGUUUUAUCCCGGGAGUUGAUCGAGAUGCUGGCUCUGUCCAGGAGUCAGAAGCUGCCCCAGACAGGAGAGGACACCCAGAUCCUGGAGCUGCUGGUGCAAAGGGACGGGGAGUUUCAGGAGCUGAUGGAGGUCGCUCAGCAGCAGGGAAAAGUUCACCAGGAGAUGCAGCUGCUGGAGAAGGAUGUGGAGAAGAGAGACAGUGACAUCCAGCAGCUCCAGAAGCAGCUGAAGGAGGCUGAACACAUCCUGGCCACUGCUGUUUAUCAGGCAAAAGAGAAACUCAAAUCCAUCGACAAAGCCAAGAAAGGAAGCAUUUCAUCAGAGGAAAUCAUCAAGUACGCUCACAGAAUCAGUGCCAGUAAUGCUGUGUGUGCGCCACUCAACUGGGUCCCAGGCGAUCCACGCAGACCCUAUCCUACUGACCUGGAAAUGCGCAGCGGAAUGCUGGGUCACAUGGCCAACCUGCCGACCAAUGGCGUGAACGGACAUCUGCCAGGUGACGCUCUGGCUGCUGGGAGGUUGCCAGACGUCUUGACUCCUCACUACCCCUGGCAGUCCUCCGAUGUCUCAGUGGGGUUGCUUCCUCCUCACCACGGCAACGACUUCGGCCUGGAGCCACCGGGUCACAACAAGGAGAAUGAGGACGACGUGGAAGCCAUGUCGACCGAUUCCUCCAGCAGCAGCAGUGAUUCUGACUGAAAGAAAGAAUGUGUGAGUGUCUGUGAGUGUCUGUGAGUGUCUGAGUGUGAGUGAAAGGUCACCACUGAGCAACAUCUGAUCAAAUAUUUACAUCUUUGGUUAGUGGGAAAGACAAAGGACAACAAAUAAGCUUGUUCAUUUCUGUUUCUUCUUAACGUGUUUCAUGUACUCCGAGUCUUCAUGAGUGUCUUAUGGUAAAACUUUGCAUAUAUAGCGCAUCUCCGGAGUCAUGUAGGAGCUAAUUCCUCAAUUGGAAAGCAAUUAAAACUGUAUGUAGAGGCUCCACUCUCAUUGGACGAUUUACUAUACCUUUUUCUCAGCUAAGAUCUUUUAGUUUAGUAACUUUCCAGCUAUGUUGGUAAAUAAGGUCCAUCAUUUAUGUACAUUUUGUAGAAUUUUUCAAAGAGUAGCGUUCACAUUUUAUUCUGUUAUUCUUGCAUUCCACGGUUAUAUUUGUGUAACUCCUCUUCACUGGACUGUUCAUGACUGGUCCAUUGUGGCCCAACAGUUAAAGGUUUGAAGAAAUCAUUGUCAGAAAUAAAUGGGUCAUAAUGAGCCUGUUUCCACAGAACUAUUCUGGGCCGUAUCCUAAGAACUGAUCUGCCGUCUGUGUGGCUUUAAACAGUUGGAGAGCUUUUAGAGUUUCGACUGACAUCAAGUGACGGUUUGGAUCAGGUUUCUUUUUAAGGGUGGUCGAUAAUUGAAUACAGUUUAAAAACAAAUAAGGAAGAUUAAGUCCUAUUCCAGACUUGUACACAAAGAUGUAAUUCUAAUAUCCUUGUAAAAAAACACAGACUCAAAGAGAAACACAAAUGUGACCCCUCUUGCUCUUUGGUGACCGGUUACCUAUGUUUGACAUGUGGAACUAAUUUUUGUCAGUUUUAGCAUGAAUGUUCCACGUGUAGUGUUGGUUGUUGAACAACAUCAUGGAAAUAUGCUGCUGAUUUACCUCUCUGUAAAUAAUAUUGUACAUACUUAAGCCUUGUAAAUAAAUACUUUUUGAAUAGUAA